AUGGCAGAUAAUACCAGCACCUUGGCAGAUGCGUGCGCUCAAAUCUUUCCAAAUAGGCAACGUUCCGAACUCCUUGACGCUAUUGAUACUCUUCGCCACUUUAAACAGAAAGGCCUUUACCUCCCAGUGCCGCAAAUUGUCGUGCUGGGAGACCAGAGUAGCGGCAAGAGCUCUGUGCUGGAAUCUCUGGCACGUAUUUCGCUCCCCGUCGGCACCGGCUUAUGCACCCGUUUCCCAAUCGAACUUGUCCUCCGAAAUGGCUCGUCCGAUUCCAUGGAAAUGGAAAUCCUGCCCAGUCGCACCCAUGAACAGAGCGACAUGUCGACGCAUGAGCUGAAGAAAUUCAGGAAGUCGGCUACCAAUCUUGGAAAUGUGGAUGUCUCAAGGUGGAUUCAAGAAGCAGCGGAAACAAUCGGGGUCGUUCCUAAGCAUGGUUCUUCGGAGGAAAAAGGUUCUCGGGGUUACAGUGAUGAUGUCGUCCGAAUCAUUCGACGCGGUCCCCAAAUGGUCGACCUGACGCUUAUAGAUCUCCCGGGCCUGUUCCAGAGCCCUACCGAGACCCAAUCAGAAGAGGACAAGUCGAAAGUCGAGAAGAUAAUUCUGGACCCACAACGACUUUUCGGUUAA